AUGGAGCAGAUCAUGCAGAUGCAGGACGACAUCCACAAGCUCAAGAAGCUCAUGGACUCGGUCUUCGAUAAGAUCGAGAACCAGUCGGAGGAGCGGCCGUACGACACCGCGGAUGCCUACGCGGACAAGGACCGGAUCGUCGAGAUGCUCAACCGCCUGAGCUCGAGGAUGGCGGACGCGGACAUGUCGAACCUCACGGCGACGCCGACCAAGGACGCCACGGCCGAGGACAUCGCGGAGCUCAAGCAGACCAUCAACCGCAUCGAGGCCGAGCGCCAGAACAUCAACCGCCGUGCCGGCGCGUCUCUCAAGGGAGUGUUGUAAUAUAUUCAUUCAACAUGGGGCAGCAGCGCUGCUGCGCGUGCUAUUCACAACGACGCGAGCCCUGCUAAGAGCUGCCGCCCCACUAAUCUCAAAUGCACCCCUGAAAUCUAGCAACUUGAUCGAUU